GUUGUAGGGAGAGCUGGGCUCCAGAGCCGAGCCCGCCGCUCACCUGCCGGUGCAGCUCACCUGCUGUGGAGCGCGAGCCCCGCGACCUUCUGGCCCACUCCGGAGCGGGGCCACCGCCCCUCGCCGCUGCGGGCACCAGCGCCGACAUGCCACACGAGUAGCCCGCGCUCUUUGGAAGCACCAGAGGACACCCCUCGAUCUGGGCGUGCCAAGAGGACAGGGGUUAAAAUGAAUGAAGACCUGAAGGUCAAUUUAAGCGGGCUGCCUCGGGAUUAUUUAGAUGCCGGUGCCAACGAGAACAUCUCAGCCGCUGUCUCCUCCCAGGUUCCGGUUGUAGAGUCAGAGCCUGAGCUCGUAGUCAACCCUUGGGACAUUGUCUUGUGUACCUCAGGAACCCUCAUCUCCUGUGAAAAUGCCAUUGUGGUCCUUAUCAUCUUCCACAACCCUAGCCUGCGAGCACCUAUGUUCUUGCUGAUAGGCAGUCUGGCUCUUGCAGACCUGCUGGCUGGCAUUGGACUCAUCAUCAAUUUUGUUUUUGCCUACCUGCUUCAGUCAGAAGCCACCAAACUGGUCACCAUCGGACUCAUUGUUGCCUCCUUCUCCGCCUCUGUGUGCAGCUUGCUGGCUAUCACUGUUGACCGCUACCUCUCGCUGUAUUACGCUCUGACGUACCAUUCCGAAAGGACGGUCACAUUUACCUAUGUCAUGCUGGUCAUGCUCUGGGGGACUUCCAUCUGCCUGGGGCUACUGCCUGUCAUGGGCUGGAACUGCCUGCGGGACGAGUCCACUUGCAGCGUGGUCAGACCUCUCACCAAGAACAACGCAGCCAUUCUUUCCGUCUCUUUCCUCUUUAUGUUUGCACUGAUGCUUCAACUCUACAUUCAGAUCUGUAAGAUUGUGAUGAGGCACGCCCAUCAGAUAGCCCUGCAACACCACUUCCUGGCCACAUCACACUAUGUGACCACCCGGAAAGGGGUCUCCACCCUGGCUAUCAUCCUUGGGACAUUUGCUGCUUGCUGGAUGCCUUUCACCCUCUAUUCCUUGAUAGCAGAUUACACCUAUCCUUCCAUCUAUACCUACGCUACUCUCCUGCCUGCCACCUACAAUUCCAUCAUCAAUCCUGUUAUAUAUGCUUUCAGAAACCAAGAGAUCCAGAAAGCCCUCUGCCUCAUCUGCUGCGGCUGCAUCCCAUCCAGCCUGUCCCAGAGGGCACGAUCGCCUAGUGAUGUGUAGCAGCCUUCCACCUAGAAGGACACUGCCUAUGGCAAGCACUUCCACUGCCCACCCAAUGGCUGAUGUGCUCCCUUAAAUUCUUUGCAUUGGAUUCUCUGUCAAGCCGCAGGAAUACUUAGCAUUGGUGAAGCAAUGACAUCAUUUAAAUGAGUUAAGUGACUGAGUGAAAAUGAUGUUACCAGUGUUGUCACUUUUUCAAAAAAGUUGUUGACUGCUCAGCAUUACUUCUUGUUUUGGGACAAGGAUUUUGUUUUAUUUUAUAUUUGGGGGUGUUGUUUUUGUUUUAUAUGGUGGUAUGUGGGAAAGGAAAGGGUAUGACAUGGCCAUGAUGUUAAUUUAAAUAAACAAGUUCCAGGGUUUUUACCUGGACUUUAAAAUAAAUCUGAGUUAUUAAGGAAAAUGGAGAAGGAAUUACUUUUUCUGAAUUUUCUUUUUUUAAAAAAAAUCAAAGUAGACUUUAAACAUUGCAUGUAUUGAACAGAAUAUGAUCUUUUUGAAGCCAACAAAAAUUAUUUACAUAAUUAUGCUUGGAAGGGACCUGUUUCUUAUAGCAUAAACUUAAUAAUGAGUUACCAACACUGAAACCAUGAACUCAUUCUGAUUCGUUCUUUGUUUCCUUUGAGUGAUUACUGUUAAUAAGAAUUACUUUGCAAUUUCUAUAAAUGCUGUGACUCAUUCUGCAUGGUUUCCUGUGUUAGUUAGACCACUAGUUUCAAAUGUUGCCAUGCAAAUCUAGAAUUAAGAGAGUCAUUUUUCAGUACAUCCAUUCUAAAAUCAAUUAUACAUGAAAUAGGAUUGAUUAGACCCACUAUUGUAGUUUCUUAAAGUAUGAUAGUUUUCAGGAAACAAAACAAAAAUUAUUAAUGAUAACUAUUGAAAGCAGAAUAAGUUUAAUAUGUUCUGAAAAAUAAAUUAAUGUGAAGCUAUCAUGAAUUAUGCAAACAUCACCUUUCCUAUCUCUCUUUAAGAAUAUAUUAGUGGUUAUUCUUGAUUGAGAUAAAUAGAAUUGAAUAGAACAAGUUUUUCUUUUUAUAUUGUCUGUAGCAAAGAAUACAUUUGAAACAGGUGGUCUCCUAUUUAAUGAUUAAGUUUGUGAAUGAACAACAUACAUACAUGACUGUGGUAUGUAUCUGCUAUAUCCUGUGAUUUCACAAGCAGAAUAAUCAAAUGGUUAUUCAUGAAAAGUUAAAUUUGAAUUUUUCCUUCUUUUUAUAUAUAGACACACACAUACACACACACACAAACUUAAAUGCAAUAAAAAUUGUAUUGCCUGUUUUUGGAAAGCAAAGAUUGCCUUGGGAAAUUUCACAGAAAAAUUUGACUUUAAAUAUACUUUAAAGUCACCGAGACUGCAUGUCAUUUCUGUUAGUGUAAAGAGAUGAAGACACAGUUACUGUUCCUUUAUUUGUAAUGAAAUUAUAGCUGUGUCUAUGUAACCAGAGAAGAAUAUCUGGACAGCUCAUCAACAUUCCCACAGCAGCAAGAUCAGUAUUUCAGGGCCUUUGGGGAGGGGUUGUUUGUAAUAAUUUAACUACAUUGGUUUGUUCCAAAUAUUAUGCUCAUAGUGGUCUUAGGAUCAUUCCAGCAGCCUCUAUGCUGAUACUAUCUCUCCAAAGCCUCUUCUAAUGUAGCACAAGUGUGACUAAAUCUUCUACUUGAAUCUGUGUCUCCUCCCUGAGGUUACUUAGGGAAGUGGGAGAGGGACUGAAAUAUUUAAGAAAUGAAAAAGGAUUUUUAAUGCAUCUUGCCGCAUGAACAACCUAAUCAAGUUGAUGCCUUUAAAAUAUAUUUGAACAUUGGAUAGACUUGGUAGUUUGAAUAUGAUGAGUCUGUUCAUUUUUAAUCACUUAAAAUUUCAUAACGUCUCUCUAUGGGAGAAGUGACAAGGUAAGUGUUUUGACAUGGGUUGGGGAAUAUUGAUGAGGAGGUUUAAAGCAAUAAAUGAUGCCUUUGUAGGAAUUGUGGCUCCCAUUUGCAUAUUUCAAUAGUAAGAAUUAUAAGGAUGACAAUAUGAACUGCUAUAGACAACAUAACGGGUUCUAAGCCCCCUGCUUGAAAUUUUACCUGCUCUUUAGCUUUAGUCACAGAAACACACUUUUGCAGGUCAGAAAACUAAGAAUCAGAGAAAAGGACAAGAAAUGUGCUAAGUCUACAAAGCCACAGGGUAGAUCCCAAAUUCGAAGUUGGGUUUUCCAAAGCCUAAGUUUUGCUCUUUCUUUGCACAAUGCUGGAUGUGGGGGCAAAGGAAAAAGUGCUUUUUAACAUGUUAUUGUUACAAAAAUUUGGUUCUAUAAUUAGGAAAUAAAGUUUCCUAUUUUAAAUGACAUGUGAAAUGAUAGCCAAUAUGGCUGUAAGUAAAGGAGAUCUAUUUGUACCGUGCUCUGUAUGUAUAAUGAUCUUGUAAAUACUAGCCCCAUGGCUGCUUUUGAGCAUUUUUAAAAUAACAGAUUUCAGUUAAGGGAUUCUUCAGUUCAAUUCUAAUGUGUCCUUACAGUUUACUUUAAAUUAUGAAGAUUUGGGAAUGUGUAGGUGGUUUUCUACAAGGAUGCUUUGUUUCUAUGAGGUUAAUUGUUAAGUAAUGUGCAUGUAUGUCAAUGUAUUUGUAUAUGUUUACGUGUGUGUAUGCAUUCAUAUAUUCAAUAACAUUAUCUUGCAACAGGAACGAAUACAUAUGGAAAACUCUCAGAUUUCCAGCAGCCCUGAGGUAGCAGGUAAUCUUUUAUUCCAUGUAGUUACUAUUUCUAGUUUACAAGGAAUUUAUAUUAUUUUCAGUGAAAACAGUUGUCUUUGAAGAUGGAGCAAUUUACUUACCUUAUUAGAAUCCUUAGCUGAGGCUAAUUACCCAAGUGGUGGAUAGCCAAAGUCAUAUUUCUUUUUACACCUUAACUCUUUAUUUCUUUUUAUCAAUCAAGUUCUUUAUUUUUCCUUUUUUUGUGGUGCUGGGAAUUGAACCCAGGACCUUAUACAUAAUAAGCAAGUGCUCUAGCACUGAGUUAUAACCAGCUCAAGUUUGUUUCUUCCUGGUUCCUGUGCAGGGGCAAUGAGGGGAAACUGAGCCCCUUCUUCCCUGGAUGCCUAAAUCGAAUAUCAGUUCAGGUGGGGAGAAUUCCUCAAAUGACUUGUCAUGCAUGAAUAGUCUUAGAUUCCUCCAGGAUUUAAGGCAGGAUUGAAAUAAGAAGUUUAAAAGAGCCGAUGAGGGGCUGGGGGUGUGGCUCAGCGGUAGAGCACUUGCCUUAGUAUGUUCCAGACCUUGGGUUCGAUCCUCAGCACCACAUAAAAAUAAAUAAAGAUACUGUGUUCAACUAAAAAAAAUAAAUUAAAUAUUAAAAAAUAAAUAAAAGAGCAGAUGUAGAACAGAGAUAUUUCAUGUCAAUAACAGUAUCUUGGAGAGUUCUUAAAUUUUUUAAGGAAGUUCUUAAAUCAUUACUAAAAUAAUUAAUGAUUGUCUUUAUUUCAUGGUCAUGUAUAUAUCACGUGAAAUUAGAACGACUUACCAUUUUAGAUUAUAAAUAUAUAUUAAACAAGUGACAUUUAUGGUGUUAUUUGGAACAAUGUUUACAUUUUCACCUUGAUUGUAUGCCCACUAUAAUAAAGGAACAGAUUGCUUUUUUUUUCUUUUUUUUGGUUCCCUUUGAAAGUUUUAAUGACUAUUGGAUGGUCUUGGUAUCUGGUUAGAAUAUUUAAAUCUGGUUCAAAAUUCGAGCAUUAUGGAACUAAUAGUUUUAUACAUCAUGGUUUUAAUUAGCAGACAAAUUUGUCUUCUAGAACAAAAUGCAGAAAAAAAAAUAAUGGUUAUGUUGCCUAGGGCUUCCAAGGUUCAAUUUUUAAAGGGUAUGCAAAUCACUGGAGAGUCUUAUUAAAAUGCAGAUUAUGUGUCAGCAGGUAUGGGGCAUGGCUGAUUUCUCAAAAGCUCCUGUGUGAUGUUCAUCUGAUGGUCUGUAAAUAACACUUGGACUUCCAAGUUUAAGUGUCACAUUUUCAGUAUUCUUAAAAUAUAAGUAUAACAUAUAAAUAUUAUAUACAUAAAUAUACAUUUAGAGUGUCUAUUUUUGUCUGAGGUUAAUAACCAACCUGUGUUCAAUGGAUAUGAACUUUAAACUUAUACUAGAACUUCUCAGUAUGAUCUAAAAGAGAUCUAUGGACAUAUUUUUUAUAUGUUAAUGUUCUCGAUUUAAACUCUUAAUUCUCAUUAUCUUAAAGAAAGUUCUCUUGGGAACUUCAUAAACAGGCAAUACGUUUUUAUACGUGUGAGUGAAUACACGUAGCAACCAAGAUUUCACCUCCUUUUUUUCCAAAGAUGAUUUUCUUUAUGAUUCCAGUGAUGUGUCUCCGGGGCUGUGUGUACCUACAUGAAUUCAUCUUGAGAAGGGUGAGACAGAAACCUUUGUUCUUGGUUCUAAGAUUCAUCUACACCCAUCUCAAAGUAACUUUUUUUUAGACAGGUAACCAGAGAGAUUUUAAAGUAUCUCAUCUUUAUUUUUUAGCAACAAAAAUACUGUUAAUGUUAACAUUUAUCCUAUGUAUUCCAUAUACUCUGUUUCCUUCCUGUGGAAAGAGGCACAAACUAUCAUAUCCAAUUGAAGAAUGUAAGAAUACAUAGUAGAGGUGGAUGUUAACAUGUAACUUAAAUAUCUCGUUUGUAUAAAAUAUCUAUAGUAGAGAUAUAGAUUUUUUUUUUUUGGUACCAGGGAUUGAACCCAAGGGUUCUUAACCCCUGAGCCACAACCCAGUCCUUUUUUAAAAAAUAUAUAUUGUAUUUGAGACAGGAUCUCACUAAGUUGCUUAAGAACUUGUAAGUGACUGAAGCUGGAUUUGAACUUCUGGUUCUCCUGCCUCAACCUCCUGAGUCACUGGGAUUAGAGGUGUGUGCUACCAUGUCUGGCUAGAAAUUUUAAGUCAUCAAAAUUCAAAUGCUAACUCUGAGUAUCAGUGAGCAAACUCAAUUAAAAAUAAAUUUGGAGAGGGCUGGGAUUAUAGCUCAGCGGUAGAGCACUUGCCUAGCAUGUGCGAGGCUCUGGGUUUGGUUCUCAACACCACAUAUAAAUAAAUAAAAUAAAGGUCCAUUGGCAACUAAUAUACAUGUGUGUGUGUGUGUGUGUGUGUGUGUGUGUAUUAAAAAAUAAGUUUGGAGCAAAAAUGAAAACAUUUAGUGGUACACAAAUUCCCUUGGUUCUAACUAUUUGAAUGGACUAUUUAUAGUAGAAUAUUUAUAUUUUAAAAAGUGAAAGAGCAGCAUUUUGUUUUCUAAGAAGCAAUGACUUAUUUAAUGGGAGUAAUGUUAUCUGGUGUUUCAUAACCUUUCCAUAAUAUGUCAUGGACAAUAGUUUCACAUCUGCAAGUGUAGAGCUGUGUCUUCUUUUUAUUUUAUUCCUUUUUAAAAAAUUGGUAUAUUAUACUUGUAGUGUACAUUAUUACAUGCUCACAAUAUAAUAAUAAAAUUUGUCCACUAAUAUUCCCCAGUAUUUCACCUUUCCCUCCCCUCCUCUCACCCUGGUCUUUUUCCUCCAGGGAUCUCCCUUUGAUUUUCAUGAGACAUCCCUCUAACACUUAAAAGAUGAAAGAGCAUCUUAUGGAAUUCUAUCUAAAGAUUGGGAUCUGCAUUUAUCAUCAAACAACAUACACUGAAUCUAUGGGAUUCUUAUUUGGGCUUCUGAAAAUAUGAACCUUUCAAAUAAUGAGGGACAGUGACCUUUUACAGGUAUGUGGUUACUAGGGUGUAACCUAAGGGAAAAUUGAUUCUGAUCUAACCCUACCUUUAUUCCUUCUAGAAUCCUUUUGAAUUGUGAGCAAAUUUAUUGUUGGGUUCUAUAGAAUCUAAGAAUUAGAAGAAAAUUUUUGAAGCAAAAAUUUCAAUAUCAAAUCUAAGUCAUUUAAAUCAACACAUUUUUGGAAACUGAAGUUCUACACUUUCCCUCAAGGCUUAGCCAUGACUUUAUAUUCCUAAUCUCGGUCUUAUUAUACUCUAGUUCUAUUUUGUCUUAGCCCAGCCCCUGGAAAUCCAGAGAACCCUGUUAGUCACAGUCAACACUUACAUAUUGAAAAUAUUCAUUAAAUAGUAUUGUUCUCCUUUUCUUAAUUUAAAACACUUAUUCUCUAUUUUAUUUAAUAGUCUUUUGAUCAUUUUCCUGGUGUUUUUUCCUCAUAUCCUAUACUAUUCCUUUAUAUACCUCUUCAAAUCUAUUAAUCAAAAUGGGGAAUAAUUCACUAAAUGGAGUGAGACCUAAAGCAGAAUGUUAGAAUUUUCUCCAUUCUGCUUACCGUGUUUCUUUGAGUGUGGGCUCCAACCAGCAGUAGUAACAUCUCUUAGGAACAUGUUAAAAUACAGAAUUCUCAGGCCUCUUCCAGACUUGCUGCUCAAAACUCAGGUUGUAGGGCCCAGAGAUGUGAUUUUAACAAGUUCUUCAGAGGAUCCUGAUGUACACUGGAUUUGAGGAGCAUGCCAUAUAACUUUAGCGGAAUCUUAACAUUAACCUGGUGUUAUUUAUGAUGUUAACUGCUCAGGGUAACUGGAACCUAUGAACUUUUUCUGCUAUGUCUAUGCCAGGCUGUCCUCGCAUCAGACCCUCAGGUGAUUUUGGUUUGUAGAUGGGCCGCCUUGUACUGAUUUCUGCAGAAUUUCUUGUUUUCAAGGCUAUUUUCUAGUUCAUCAGGCUCAAAUAACCUCUGUCCCUUCCAUUGGAAUUGUACCACUGUCAGCAUCUGUGCAUCAUGUACCUCUGAUAGAAAGAAUGCAGAGAGAGGAAAAAAGUCCAACGAGACUGUUCUUUAUCCUGUCCUGCUCAUGACCUAUUUGUGAAUGACCAGAAUAGUCCACAGCCAGGCUUUAGCUAUCCAGCCACACCUUAUGUGUCCAUGCCCUUGCACCUUCUCUGGUCAUGUGACUGUGCACACAUGCAUAGGUGCACUCUCACACUUCUCCUGUGAUCCUACACACUUCCACCUUCAUUCUCCAAUCCCAGACCAAAGAUCUUCAGUGAGAACGUACCAAAGCUAUGGCGCUGACCAAAGUUGACCUUCAGGCUAGUGCUGUGGCAUCUGAUUGGCACAAUCUUGGCAAGCUUCAGUGGGGAUAACACUUCUAUGACUCUAUCCUGAGAACCGUCCUCAGGACAGUUGGCAUCUUACCCCAUCUUUACACUAAUCUUGUUGCCCACUGGUUUAUAGUCCAGAGAGAUCAGUAAUAGGAGCAAUGGACAGGUUUGGAGCAAGUUUUCUUAAUGCUAGGGACUGACCAACUUGCACACAUGGACACUUAGCCUAGAAGGAUGUCCUUCUCAUGAGUGCCCCUCUUCAUUUCAAAGCACUAUUGCUGAUUUGUACAGUUUCAUUUAGAAUCAUUUGAAGGUAGGACAGCAUAUUUCAAGCACUUGAAAAUGGGUAUGAUUAAAGACACUCUCUGUUGUAAGUUCCUAAUGCAGUCCGAGGAGCAACAAAUCCAACCGUUUAGGAAGCAGAGUACCACCUCCCACUGUAUAUAGACUUUGGGACAGAAGCAGGUAUGCUCCCAGACCCACAUGAAUCUGUGAUGCAUUUUCACCUGAGAGUUUGGGAUGUCUUCCUGUUACAGAGAUGAGCCUGGGACAUAGACUUCCGAGGCUUGCAUCCUUGCCUGUUCCUUCCUACUUGACUGGCCUCAGAGCAAACCCCAGAACCUCUCGCAGCCUUCAUGUUCUAAUUGGGUAGAGUAAGCAUGCUCCAGGAAACUAUCUCGCAGUGUUGGGUAAUAUAGGACACAGGGAAGGUUUAACAUAGAUAGUACAGAUAGACGCCAAUUUAGGAUGUUUUGCCUUUACAAUGAAGCCAAAGUGAAUCUCAUUUGUAGAAACCAUAUUGCCAAUUUUGAAUUUGGGUCUUUUCUUAGGCUAUUGAUAUUUGGUCGGAUCUUUUCUUGGGUUUCUAGGUGGUGGCAGUAACCACAGCUCCUAGUAGUCCUGGGAUCAUGAGGAGAAAAACCUGACACUCUACAGAGUACUAUGCAGCUAAGUUGGGGCAUUCGUGGGUUAGGAGCAUGAAAUGCAUCUUCAACUUAACAGUGUUUUCCAUUUAUGGUGGAUCCAUCAGGAUGUAACCCCAUCGUAAGUCAAGGAGCAUCUGUACUCACACUUAACUACUUGGUGCCACUUUCCCUUAGUAUUAUUAUGACUACUGUUGUUGCUUACACUUGCCCAAGGCCUUGAAAUUACUAAUAUUGCUUCCAUUACUUAGUGCGAUAGGUACCCAGAUAAAAGCCCCACAUACAUUAUCUGGCAUACUGUUUUCAGCAAUGCUCUGAGGUAUGCAUUGCUAAUCUCCCACGUCAUAAAUAAGGAAAUGGAUGCACAGAGAGGUUAAGUGAAUUUCCUAAAACUACGUAGACUUUAUAUAAGUCACUGUGAACAUUAGAGACAAGUAGUGCUUACUAGGAGAUGCCCAGUGAAGUUAGUGAAGGAUGGCUGUUCAUACGAGGGUAACACGACUCUCCAAAGGCAGCUGGGCUCAGAGCCAAAGGGAUGGCCCAGACACCUGCAAUCACUCAGAGACCUGAGGUGGGCUCUGGAGGGCAGGCUGGCUCUCUGGAGACAGUGGGGUAUUAAUGGGUCUGAAGGAGCAGGGUGGACUUCUGUGAGGUCAAAGAAGCCCAAAAGUUUCCCUGGAGAGCCAACAGUGGUGGGAUUCAAAGGACUGACAUGAAAAUGACUUGAGCUUGUUCAGAAUGGGGCUGACUAUUCAUUGAAUUUUGUUUUUCAAAUGACAUUUAACUUGAACCAAUUCUCAUAUACAAAACAAAACAAAAAAAAUUAGGUUUCAACUGCCUUUAAAUGAAUCCCAGUGUAAUCGCUAAAACCUCACAUUUAGGUACUUUGCAAACUUUAAUAAUGUAAGGUUUUAAAAACUUUAUUCAUGUUUCUUGAAAUCCACCAACAGUGUGUGUUUAAGGGGGGGAGAAAGCCCAGUGACCAACAGAUAGUAUUUGUGUAGACAUGGAUUUGCAUGAAUAAGAAUACUUCUUUAUUGUAAAAAAUCUACUAUUUUACAUGCAGGCUUUCCAAACAUAAAGCACAGCACAGAAUUUUUCCAUUUAAAUAGAUCUUUUAGAUGUAUUGGAGUCCUAGGUCUACAUUCUUAAGCUGGCUAGUUCUUUCCAAAUGCCUCGCUUCAGGGACAAGGAAGCCCAGGCCAGGGAAGGCUGUGGCCUCUAAAUGUCAUUAGCUGGAGGCCCAGAACAUGUACUGGAAUAGUAAGUCAUCCAGAACUUUAUUCUGGGGCAGAUUUUCAUUGACAAGGAAGAGCUGGAAAUAUAAAAGAUUUAUCUAUUGUACGUCUUCUGGGUCUGAAUGAUUUUUUGUUACUCCUGACUAUUAGACAUGAUGGUUACAGUUGAAUAAUAAUUAUUGCAAUCAGGACUAACAUUUUCUGCAGUCGGGCACUAUCCUCAAAUCAAAGUUUUACAAGUAUUGACUUAUUCAUUCUUCACAUCCACAAAGGAUGCAUUUGAAAGCACUAAUUCUAGAAUUGAAGACAUGUAGACAUGCAGACCCAGCAAUCCAUGGCCCAUCUCCUCCUGUUUCCUUAUCCUGUCUCUGCACACACAGGAGCUCACUAAAUUUUCAUAGUGUCUGGGCCAAAAUUCUCCAACAAUCUGUUGGCUUCAUAAAUUGACUAUGCAUUUCAGAAAUCACUGUAUGUUCAAUACAGGAUGUAUGAUGUUUGCAUGCCCAACAUGUGACAUGUUAGUGUUUUGAGUCAUCGUCAUUCCGGGCUGGUAAGCUUUAAAAAGAACUAUGUAGAAGUCCAGACUGCACUUCCAUCCUGCCAGAAGGAAAGAAGCUGGAGCCAUAUAUCUUCAGAAGUGUAUUUUUCCAAGCCUUUUGAGAAGGGGCAGGGAAACUCCUUGCCAGACAGGUCAGUGAACUUGUGGAAAUGAUAAUGACUUACUAUCCUUAAAAGUCACAGCAAAUAUUAAAAUGCAUUGGGUGGUUGAUGUUCCAGACAUGAUACCAAGUACUUAUACCUAAGAACCACUUUCAGUCUUUGUAAUGACCCAAUGAUCUUUAGGCAUUUUUAUUAUCUCCAAUAAAAAUUAAGGAUUGAAAGACUAAGUUAUGUACCUGAGAUCUUCCAUUCAUAGGUGGCAGGUCUGUCCAACACCACACCCACCACCUGUGCCCCUGGACACUAUUGCCAGCCAUCUGUCUUUGAGGGUUGAUUUCUGUGUCCCCCACAGGCUCUACUUCAUUGUAGCAGCAGUAGUUGCUCAAAACUUCUUUGUAACACCUCUCAAUAGAAUAUUUUCUUGCUCCAUAAGUUGAGCUGGGUUCCUUGCUUCUGCCUGAGCCACCUGUGCACGACCUAGGUGAACUGCGCUGAGUGUUUGCACAGGGGAUGAGUCCAUUCUACUCUCUGCCACCACCAUCCCUCUGCUGAGCCCAUGGGGCCCUAGUCUUCUUGAUCCAAUUUUGUUGUAAGAGUCUCAAGCAGUACUAUUUUCAAAGGAAGCAUGGAAGACAUUUGAAAUUACAGAAUUUCAGGUGACCUGAAGACACCUCAAAAGAAGCAAAUCAACAAAAACAGGGAUUCUCUUUUAAAGCAGUGCAGUUGCUUUCUUAGUUCUUUGAGUAAGAAAAAACGUGGAUUGGCUAUUUUCUUGUAUGCCGAGAUUGCAAACAUUUCAGAAAAUGGUCUAUCUUUGACAAAAAGAUGUUAUAUUGAGAGUAAAGUGAAUUUGGACAACCAUUCUAGCUACUCAUAGACUUUGAGACCCAAGAAUAAUAACCCUUACUGCAAGCAACAACUAGUCAAAGUGUGAUUCAGCAAUGUGUGUGUGUGCACUGUUAAUACAGAUAUAAUUUAUGCACUUUCAUUUAGGUUUUGGCAAUGGAAAAUCACUGAGGACAUAUAAAAACAAGGUUGCUUUUCUUCUGCAAGAAAUAUUAAAUAAAAUAAUAUGAGUGCCAAACCUCAGAGUUUAACAAUACACACUCAGUCUUUCUACAUUUAUGUUUUUAUGUGUUGUAUCUUUAAAAGUAGACAAUUUAAUAAUUGGUGAAUUAUUUUUAAUGUCAAUGUCACUGUACAUGUUUUGAAUUGUAUAAUUUAAUCAAUUAUUAAUGUAAUCUAUAGUUAUUAGUUUGUAAAUA